UUAUAGAUAUAAAUAAAAUGGAGACCGAAAUUAACGCUCGUCGUAAAUACGACAAACUAAAAAUGAGACUGUGUAUGAUUGAAAAAGCAGAGGUGACAAAUCAGAUCAAUACACAGCAAAUUAUGCAGAAUAUUAAUAUGUUAUCCUCAAGUGUGAGAACAGGUGGAGUAAUAGAAUCAAUGACAAACGUUCAUUGUGAUAAAAGAUAUCAACAAGCAUACUCGUAUUCACCUCCUCCAGUGAAACCAAUAACAUCUUUACUAGAAUCAGCUUCUCCAUCAAUACCGCCGCCACCUCCAUCACCCAAAACAGGACCUUCUUCUGAAUAUGCACCAUAUGUAAUCAAUUCAGAUCUAUUGCAAUCUAUGGCUAAAGAAUUAAGGAAACCUGAUGGUAAAAAUAUUAGGAAAAUUCCAAAGCGUGUGGAUAUGAAAAUUCCUAGUAAGAACACAAAAAAUGCUGAACAAAAUGUUGCUCUUCCAUCACCAACAUCUCCACACCAAAAGUCAUAUGUAGAUCCUUCUAAACAGGAAGCAUAUUUUAUCAAUUCAGAUAUAUUGCAAUCUAUGACUAAAGAAUUAAGGAAACCUGAUGGUAAUAACAUUAGGAAAAUUCCAAAGCGUGUGGAUAUGAAAAUUCCUAGUAAGAACACAAAUAAUGCUGAACAAAAGGUUGCUCUUCCAUCACCAGCAUCUCCACACCAAGAGUCAUAUGUAGUGCCUCCAGCACCACCACUACCUUCAAUAACAUUAGUAGCUCCAGAAUUAUAUAUUGAUCCUCCAGCCCUAUUAGAACAUCCAUUAAUAUUAGAAGCUACGAAGUCACUUGUAGAGCCUCUAACACUACAGUCAUCUCAAUUAAUACCUCCAACGAAUAAUAUAGACUAACCACAAUUUACGUACUUAUUUGCUAUCACUAUCACUUUCAGCCCAUUUUUUUAAUACAUACAUCUCGACCCUGAACUCUCUAAGUAUCAAAAUUCGGUGGUCCGGUAAAUAGUAUGACGAAAAUAUAUGA